UUCUUUUUUUUCUGUACUACUACUAAGUAACUCUGAUACAAAAAGCAUGCAGCAGAUGUAUGUUAUCGAUCUCACUGGACAUUAUGCAACAUUCACUGCUGUCCAGAAUUUUUUUACUGAGUGCCUUUUUGAAUGUUUAACUUGUUGACCGUAGCAUAUGGUGUUACAUUUGUGCUGUUUUUUCAAUGUUUUUGUUCUUCUGAUAUUAGUUAGUUAAUGAAGAGAAAUCCAUGUUCUCUAUUUUUUGUCUUUGCACUUUAGAUAUCAAUAGGUCUCACACACAAGGUGCAGCUUCAUGUUAAAAAAAUCAAAGGUUUACUGACUGUAUAAGGGGUAAAAAGUCCAAAUAUGACACAGACCACAUCUGUGUAGCGUUUACAACUGACAGUAACUCUUUCCUGCUGAAGAUAGUGCAUCUCUGGCUCAUUGUGACUAACGCUUCCUGUAAAGACAGGAAUCUCUUGCAACACAUGUCUUGAGGGUGGUACAAAUGAAACCAGGAAGUGUUUUUUUUUAGUUGCACUGGUGUCACUCCUCACUGUGUGGUUUGUUUUGUUUGGAUCUCUCUAUCUAACAAGAGAGUUUAUGAACAUGAUUUCCAAGGAGGAUUUCACUACGGGGAUGUGACACAGAAUGCAUGCAGAGCUCUUGGCACCAAGCGGCACUCUAAUUUCCUGAAAGAGGCUCCAUGUGUUACAUACACGUGAGGACGACGAUACUAUUUGAAGAGAUCCGAAGAUGUUUUUGUCACUGGCUUGCAUUAUCUCUUUUCUGGCUUUCAUCACUCCAGCUGCUCAUGGUGGGAAAGUUCUGGUGUUUCCACACGACGGCAGCCACUGGGUGAACAUGCGGGUACUUGUUGAGGAGCUGCAUUUGCAGGGGCACACUGUGACUGUCAUUCGAGCUGCAGACAGCUGGUACAUCAGUGAAACGUCUUCACAUUACAAUACAGUCACAGUGAACGUCAGCGGUGGUGGAAAUGAGGAAUUUUUUCAUCGCUUCGUGUCUGAGGUCAUUAAAAUUAAAAGAAGCAAGGGCUCCGCGUGGGCUCGUUUUGCUUUAGACAUGGAGCUAAAAGACAAGUUUUUUGAAUUACACAAACAAAUCUGUGAAGUGGUUGCGUACAUGUUUGAAAAUAAAGAAUUAAUGACGUCCUUUCAAGAAGCCAACUAUGAUGCGGUUUUGACAGACCCGGCUAAUGGUGGAGGAGUACUGCUGGCUCACUAUCUUGGCUUGCCGUUAGUGUUCAAUGCUCGGUGGACUGUUCACGGUGAGGCCCAUUUCGCAAUUGCACCUUCUCCACUUUCUUACGUCCCACUUCCACCUUCGGAACUAACAGAUCAAAUGACCUUUCUUGAGCGGGUUAAAAACAUGUUUUUUUACACCAUGAGGAUGCAUCUGUACAAGCAGAUAGUUGGACCACAUUAUUCUGCUUUGACCAACCGCUACUUUGGCUCAGAUGUUGGCUACUUCUCUCUGUUUCAAGCUGCUGACCUGUGGCUCAUGAGAGUGGACUUUGUGUUUGAGUUUCCUCGUCCAACAAUGCCUAAUGUUGUGUACAUGGGAGGGUUCCAGUGUAAACCUGCAAAACCUCUGCCUCAACACUUGGAGGAGUUUGUGCAGAGUUCUGGAGAGCAUGGAGUCAUCAUCAUGUCUCUGGGGACUUUAAUUGCAGAGCUCCCUCAUGACUUAGCUGAUGAGAUCGCUGCAGCUUUUGCUAAACUUCCUCAGAAAGUCAUCUGGAGGUAUAAAGGCAGCAGGCCAGACACUCUGGGCCACAACACUUUACUAGUCGACUGGAUGCCUCAGAAUGACCUCCUCGGACAUCCAAACAUUAAACUAUUUAUCAGUCACGGGGGAACAAAUGGGAUAUAUGAGGCUAUAUAUCAUGGGGUUCCAAUUGUAGGCAUUCCCUUUGUGUUUGAUCAAGCAGACAACCUCUCCAGACUGAGAGCAAAGGGUGUUGCAAAGGUUUUGGAUAUUUCUGAUUUGGACAGGAAAAUAUUUCUGGAGGCAAUACAGAACAUCCUGAAUGAGCCCUCUUACACAAUCAACAUGCAGAGACUUGCCAGGCUGCACAAAGAUCAGCCAAUGAAACCGCUGGACCGUGCCCUCUUCUCAAUAGAGUUUGUCAUGAGGCACAGAGGUGCAGCUCACCUGAGAACCGAGUCGUACAGAAUGCCCUGGUAUUCCUACUACUCUGUGGAUGUCCUGUUAUUUUUACUGGCAGUUGCACUAUUUUCAGCAUUGUUUUUCACUGGGUUAAUAUGGUUCUGUUUGAGAUUGUGUUUUAAAAGAAAACAGAAGUCUGAGUAAUUAGGAAACAGAUAAUUUUCACUUUUGUUGAUAUAUAGUCAAACAUGUAUCAGUUUGGCUUAUUUUAAAGCAUGUUUUAUAUUUCUUUUUUUGUCUCACCUUUGGGUUUCCUGUGAGGUUUCUACUUAAGUGUUCACAGAAAUGAAUCUGCUGUAAAGGAAAAAAAAAAUCCAGAUUUGACUGUCAGCUUGCCGAAAAGAAUCUGUUUGAUCACUUAGUUUAAAUUAGAGUAAUUACAUUUAUGUGUUUGCAUACGUCAGUUUACUUUUUUUUUCGAAGCAAAUGAAAGCAGAAUUAUGAAAUAAUAAAAACGGCAUACAUUUUAACUCUUAAA